AUGUCGAUCACACUUCUCUUCCUUACGAGCUCCAUCGUCCAUCAGGCAUUGGCGGGGAACUGCCAGGCCGUGCCAGCCAAUGUCACCUGGCCGCCAGUCCAAGAAGCGAUGGAAAAUGACUAUGGCGGCUAUCGAUGUCCCUGCUGUAUGCUGAAUUGCUACUUUGACGGCACGAAGAAUCAAUGCUAUCCGACCAAGGACUACGAGCCGUUUUGCCCUGAUUUACCCGCCACCAUCACCUGGGCUCCGGAAGGGCCUGCCUAUUACGAUGCGUAUGGCAGUGUAGCGGGAAUCAAGUGUGACACAGGACUCCAUUGCUAUUAUGAUGGAUCGAUGAAUCAGUGCUACAUGUCGGAGGAAGCAAUGGCCGAUUGUCCCCCGUUGCCGGCGAGUGUCACCUGGCCGCCAAACGGCGAGCCUCGCCACGAGCAGUACCACGACAACAAGUUAAUGUGCAGCGGGGGCGGCAGCUGCUAUUUUGAUGGAACGCUCAACAAUUGCUAUUACACGGAGGGUGAAUGUGCACCAAAGCCGGACUAUGUCACCGUGUCGCCAACCAGUCGUGCAACGGUGGGGCGUUGUCCGGAAGACUAUGCUUGCUACCGCGUCGGUGGAGUCAACGAGUGUUAUUGCCAUGACACCACCAACAAGACCGAUUGCUAUCAACACUCUUUGGGUGCCGAUACGCCGAUCACGUGCUAUCAUAAGCGCAACCAAUGUGCCCGCACCUGUGGCUGGUGCAUU